AUGCCUCGCAUGGGUCCCAGGGUGUGUUUCCGGUACUUUACUCAGAGCUUCUCGAUCAAAACUCGUUUCACUCGGGAAGGCAUAAGAUUCCGUCUCAAGACACAGAAAAGUUUGUUUUUUGUUCAGCUAUCUAAUUGAUUGACUCGUAUAUAAAAAUUUCCAGAAAUCAGUCUUAAAGUUUGAUGAACUCUCGUGAAAAAGGCAUUCCUUUUUUGUUAAAAGAAUGAGUUUUUUUCUUUAGAAAACGAUCAGAACGUGCGCUAUAACGUGAAUUCGUGGAUCGAUCAAAAUGAUCAUAUCAAGAUCCGACCUGUCAGUGAUCUUCUGAAAUGCUUCGGGUUUACUUUUUUGGUUAGUAAAUUAUUUUUAGUUCGAGAAAAAAAAAAUUGAUUUUUAGACAGCUACUGUUGCGUUCAACUUGGCUAUUUAUGUCGAUUGGGAAAAGACGAAAAAGGCGACGCGUAACUAUAUCAGCGGUUUGAGGUAGAAACCUUUGCAAGACUGGAGCUAUUCGGUAUUUUUGAAUGCUUAGAAGGUCGCCCCAAGGAGAAUCUUUGUGGGACAGAGUGACUCCAGCGAGCAAAGCCGCGUUCACCUUGAUCGGAUGUUAGUCGAAACGUUCGCAUUUUAGCCUUGUAUUUUCUUCAGUAAAUUGUGCCGUUUUUCUCCUCUGGAAGGUCCGCAGCUGGCAUCCGUUCAUGUGGCGCUACUUUACCAACAGCUUUUCGUCCAGUUAGUUGGACUUUUAAUUAGAAAAUUAUUUAAGACAAGUCGUUUGUUUUAUUUUAUAUUUGCAUUUGUGCAAACGAAAAAAAAGUGGACAAUUAAAAACGAUUGAAAAAUGGAAAAAGAUAUCGCGCAGCCGUUUCGAGUCUCAAAAAUGGAAGGCGUAGGGAACUUCAAAGAAAAUUGAGAUAAUGUUGAAAAAAUUAGAAGAGGUGAAAUUUUAGGCGUGUUUUUGGCGUGUGUCUCACAAGGAAGUUUAUUUCACUCGAUUCUUUUAAAAAUUUCGAAUUAUCUUCAAUGUUUUUUUGGGAAGAUUGAUAAAGUCUUAACUGGCCAACCUUCAAAAAAAGACGCUUCUUGAAACUAAUAUUGACUUUUUUCUUGAAAAAGAGGGAGAUAGGCAAGUUAAGAAAUUUAAUAUCAUCAUCAUAAUUUUUCAGUGUAUUUUCGAGUUGAAAACUUUUUUCGUGAGUUAUGAAAUUUUGAAAUGAAAAUAAAGUUCUAACUUUAUGCAAAACUUGAAGAAUCCCUGUGUCUUCCGAUGCUGACGAGCGUUUUUUCGCACUCAUCGGCGGUUCAUCUCGCUUUCAACAUGUACGCCACCUACUCGUUUUUCGACCUGCUCAUUCAACAUCUGCUCGGUGUUGAACAGGUGAUCAUCGUCUGCCUGAAACUAUUAUCAAAGCUUUCUGUUCAGUUCUGGGCGUUUUAUCUCACCGCGGGGGUCGUCUCGUCUCUGGCGAGUCUUUCUCAGAAAGCUGUCACGCGGAAUCCUGUCAGAGCACUCGGAGCCGUGCGUUUUUAUAUCAAAAUGUCGAUUAAAAAAAUUCAUUAUUGUUAGAAGUUUCUAAGUAAUAAAAAAUUUUUUUUUGAAGUUUGUUUAUCAAUAACAUGCUUAAAAUGGUCAUUUGAAAAAAUAAAUCAAAUUUUUUUGCUCCGGAGCUCAAAUUCAACCAAUAAAAUCUUGGGAAUUUUUUUAUCUUGUCUUCGCAUAUUUUCUGAAUUCACUUAAAAUACGCUCUAGCACCUAAUUUUGAUUCCCAGACCAAGAAAUUUUGAAAUCUUAAAAAAAGUUUGUAAAAAAAGUUUUUUUACGUGUAAUUAAAAAUUUUAUUGUGAUUUUUUUACGGGAAAAACUACCAGAAAAAAAGAAGUUUCGUGCAUCAAGAUGUGAAAUUAAAACUGUUUUUUUGGAUUUUCAGUUGAUACAUAUUCAAGCAUUUUAUUUGAGAGAAAUAUUCAAUUUUUUUAAGCUCUAUUGAAACUAAUUAAAGGCGAUUUUUUUCACAGUCUUAUGAAAACUUGUGACGUCUACCCGGAAGAUUAAAAAAAGGUUAUUUUUUCUCGUUUUUCAAACUAUCGUCUUCAGAGCGGCGCGAUCCUCGCCAUGGUUUCGUAUUUCUGUAUGAGAUACCCUAAUUCGGAACUCAGCCUUCUUUUGGUGCCGGGACUCAAAUUUUCAGCUGAAUCGGCGCUGUGGGCCAUUCUGCUCUUUGAUACCGCUGGCCUCAUUUUUAGGUUAGAAUUGGGAUUUUUCAAAGUUUUAUAGUUUCAUUUCAGAUUCCGCGUCUUCGACCACGCUGCCCAUCUCGGCGGAGCCCUUUUCGGAGUGUCAGUUUCCGAGAAAAAAUAAUCAGAAGUUAUUAUUUUUCUUCAGGUUCUACGCUUUGUACGGCGAAGAAUUUAUCUGGAAGAUGUACGGCGAUAUUUUGAGGAAAAAUAUCUAG